UGUUAGAUGACUGCAUAAAAUGAUCGUCGUAGUACCUUGACGGGCUUAUUUGAGCCCACGAUUGCGAAAAACUGCGAACAGCGAAUGCAACUGAAAAGGAAGCAAAUAUGGCGGCCCAAGUUCCAGCAACUCUGAAAGCUAUCUCUCCAUACCUGAAAACCGCCCUGGAAUACGAUAAACGAGAUCCCGUUGUGGCCUAUUACUGCCGCCUCCAUGCAGUACAGAAAGGCAUCAAAAUUGAUAGCAAAGGAAAGGAAAGCAAACAAUUCUUACUGCAGCUUAUGGACCAACUAGAGAAGACAAAGAAGGACCUGAGUACCCAGGGACACGAGGCUGUCACUAAUGAUGUUGUUGCCCAGAUUCACAUCGAUGAAAAAGCAGAGCAGCUUUUUCUGUGGGCUGAUACUGAAGAUCGUAAUGCAAAUUUUAACAAAAAUGUUGUGAAGUCAUUUUACACAGCUAGUCUCCUUUACGAUGUUCUGACACAAUUUGGAGAAAUGUCAGAAGAGGCUGCAGCCCACCAGAAAUAUUCCAAAUGGAAAGCAGCAUACAUCCACAAGUGCCUGAAGAAUGGAGAAACACCCAUACCAGGACCAGCUGGUGGAGACGGCGAAGAAGAAGGUGGAGAUCCACCUUACCCUCCUUUGCCUAGUAAUACACAGCAACCCCCUGGGUACCCUACUAGCACACAACAACCCCCUGGGUACCCUACUAAUACACAGCAGCCUCCCUACCCUACCAACACUACAGGAGUGCCUGGACAGUUUCCUUCGCAACCUUUUCCUCCGAAUCAACCAACAUAUCCAACACCACCUGGUCAGCCAAGUGUAUACCAGCCUCCUGCUCCAGCCGCCGCCUCCCACCCCGCAGUACCGGCUGCCGUACCUGCAGCUGCCGUUGCUCCCACUCAACCCAGCAGUACAUUAUCUCCAGAGGACAGCGAGAAAGCGCAAAAGUAUUGCCGCUUUGCCGCCAGUGCUUUACAAUACGAGGAUGUUAAGACAGCUAUUGAAAAUUUACAUAAAGCGCUGGCUUUGUUAGAGAAGUGACAUUUCUGGAAAAUAUGACACAAAAAAUUAUUUACACCAGUAGGAUGCAAGGAAACGAUCUGCUGGAUAAUCAGAGAUUUUUGAUUAAACCAGACUGGGAGUGGAAAUGUGUAAAGACAGACGUGACCAGCAGAUACAAAAAGAUAACCAUCGACUUUUGGACGAGAAGCAUUUGUAAGCCACCUUGUUUUAUCAACGAAAAUACCAAACGACUUAAGGUGAUUGUGGCUAUAGCCAAUUGUAACAAUCUUAAUGACUGUAAAACGGAUGCUGUGAAAUGGAAACCCAUUCUUAAACAAACAAAACCAACCCUAUUGACGAACAAGAACUGCAAGCAAAAAUAUGCAACCCAUGCAAAGUGUGGCAAAAUUGGGUUUUCUAGUGGUCGGGUGAUUGUAAACGUACGUAUAACACGUAUAACACACUCUGCAUGUGUACAGAGUUUGUAGAAAAUGCAAAACCAAAAAAGCGAAGCAAACACUUUUCUUUAAAGGAGCUAAGUCACGGUUUGCGCAUAUUGAAAAG